AUCCGCUAGAUCGUAUUGCCAAAUUCCACAUUGAUGCUCACGACCCGCUUUGUUGACUCGUGACUCCUUCGACGUCGCUGAUGACGAUGAUUGUUGUGGUAAUGAAAAACUUGUCGCCACUUCCUCUUGUUACCUUACAGGAGGUCCGUCUGAAGCAGAACAGCAUUGACACCUGGUCGGAGUUAGAAAUGACGUCUUACACAAUUAUGCCUUUUUCUGUUCUCGGCUACUUCAUAACGGUCAUGGUGAUAAUCGUAGAUACCUCCUACUCCCCCCUUCCAUCUCAUCGGUUUGCAAGGUAUAACUGCAGGAACAUGAGGUCAAACUUUCAGGUCUGUGCCCCAGGGAUGAAAUGUAUAGAAGGUCUAUGCCUUCGGACUAUCUAUGCUGACAUUCCAUGUCGAGCGGCACUUUUCGGUGCCGUUAACCUCCAAAGACCGGAGCUUUUUCCAGUAACGGCCUUCCAAAUCGAUCACAAUCAAUAUCGGGAGACAGAUGAGCUGUUGUGCGUGUACUGCGUGGACAACUUAGAACCUAAAAACACUGCUAUGCUGCCCUGUGGCCAGUUUGAUUGGUCAUCAAACGCAAUAAAUUAA